CCCUCCCACCCCGGAAGCGGAAGUGCCUCGUGCGCGUGGAGGCGGCGGCGAAGGACCAGGAGGCCAUGGCCGAAGAAGCAUCGUCCUCGGAGCCGCCUUCUCCCUCUUCCCUGGAGGCGGAGCGGGUGGUGUCUUCGUGGGCCCGGGCGCAGCGUUCCCGGGGCCGCCUCCGCGUGGCGCUGGUGACCUCCGGCGGGACGCAGGUGCCUCUGGAGGCGCGUCCGGUCCGCUUCCUGGAGAACUUCAGCAGCGGGCGCCGCGGGGCGGCUUCGGCCGAGCGGCUGGUGGCCUCGGGUUACGCCGUCUGCUUCCUGCACCGCGCCCGCUCCGCCUUCCCCUGGGCCAGGAGGGCCCUGCCCAGUUCCCCCGCCGCCCUCCUCGAGCUCCUCCGCGAAGAAGAAGGAGAAGGAGGGGAGCCGGCGGUGCGCGUGGCCCCGGGCGCGCUCCCGGGGCUAGUGCCCGCCUUGCGCGCCUACCGCCGGGCCAAGGAAGAGGGCGCCCUCCUGGCUCUCGAGUUCACCGGCCUCCAGGAGUACCUUCAGCUCCUCCGCGCCGCCGCCAGGGCCCUCGCCCCCCUCGGUUCCAGUGCCAUGUUCUACUUGGCAGCCGCUGUGUCCGAUUUCUACAUCCCUCCUUCCGAGUUGCCUGAACACAAGAUCCAGUCGAGCGACGGACCCCUCCAGAUCACGAUGAAGAUGGUACCAAAGAUGCUCUCUCCUCUGGUGAAGGAGUGGGCUCCGGAGGCGUUUGUGGUCUCCUUCAAACUGGAAACGGACCCUUCCAUCUUGCUCCAGAAAGCCCGGCAGGCCUUGGAGAAAUACCGGCACCAGGUGGUGGUUGCCAACAUGCUCGACACACGUAGGACCUUGGUGAUCGUGGUCACUAGGGAGACGGAGACCCGGUUGGCCCUCUCCGAGGAUGAAAUUGCUCAGGGCAUGGAGAUUGAGGAAAAGAUCAUCAGCCACCUGGAGUCGCAGCACACGGCUUUCAUGGAGAAGGAGCGAUCUCACAUAGAAGACAUCAGGCAGCAGCUCAAGGAAGAAGGGGUCGAUCCCACAGCUCCCGUCGAUGAUCAGCUUUGCUACGUCUGGAACUUGUUCCUGCGUGGUCAAGAGGAACUGCGUUCUGCAGCCGGCGAGUUGGAGAAGCUGCGACAACAGCAAGCGGAAGAGAUGAGAGAGGUAGAAAACUACGUGGGCCACGUCCGUACCCUGACAGAAGCACGGGAUGCUCUGGUGACCAAAUAUGAAAGGGAGAAUGAGCAGCUCAGGAUAGAAGUCACACAACUGCAGCUGGAGCAUGAAUCCCAGCAGCAAGAAGUGCAAGACAUGCUGGAGCAAGAAGGCCUGCUAGAUAUCACCCAUAGUAGCCCCAGUGAACAGGUGGCUUACUUACUAGUAGAAAGAAGCACCCUUCUGGAGAAAAUUGAGGCCCUGGAGCAAAAUCUGGGAUUCCCCAACUCUUUGGAAAGCCUCUGUGCUGCUCAGCCUCAGUCUCACACUGAAGCCUUGGCGAAAGAAGCUGAGCAAGACCUGGAUGAAGCUGCACAGAGGCUGCAAGGGGCUCAUGGCGAGAUCCAGAGAGUGACGGAGGAACUAGAUGCACAGAAGGAGGAGGAGAGUCAACUGGAAAUUCCUGCCCACAGUCUCCAGCUAGACCAAGACAUCUCUGCAAUACGCAACAGAAUCCAAUUGCUCAACAUGUCUUUCUUACCUGGCUACCUGGACCGGGCUGAAAAGCUUGACAAUGAGAUUCCUGAGGUGACUGAGGAGGGGCCAAGAUGCUUACUUGCUGAAACGGUUGAAGCUGAAGAGGGCGAAAAAGGAAUGUUGGAGGCCAGAGAGGUUUUGGACGAAGCUGUCUCAAAUCUUGAAAAUACCCAGACCCUUCAUAAAAGAUGCCGACAAGUGAUUGAAGGCAUUGAAUGUCAAAACUCACAGCUCUUGCACAAGCUGCAGAAGCUGGAGAGGGAACACGAAGACCUAGUAGAGCGGAACGAAGAGCUGGAGUCGCUCCUGGGAGAGACGCAGAACCAAACCAGAGAUGAGCGGGAGCUCUUUGAGUGCGAGGUGGAUGGGCUGCAGAGGAAGAUCUCACAUUUAGAGGCAGAGUUAUGUCAAGCACAGAAGGUUAAAUCAGACGGAGCUAUUCAAGACACAACAAAAGAAGUGGCCAGUUGCCAAGAGAUGCCGAAAACUCACCAGGAGAAAGUUGAAGUGCUAGAAAGUAAACUUUUGGAGGAGAGGGAAUGGAGGAAGCAGCUGGCGUGUGACCUCGAAGUGACACAGAAAGCUCUGAAAGAUGAGCAGAAGGAGCUGCACAAUUCUAAAUCAGAACUUCUGCAGCUUUACAGUGAGAUCCAGGUGCUCCGUGGAGCUGCAGAGGAGAGGGAUUUUCUGCACAUGACCCAUGAGAAGCUGCAGCAAGAGAACUCACUGCUUCAAACAAAGGGUGCACCAGAAGAGAAACUCCUUCACCAGCAAGAGGAGCUCCACCAGCUCCGGCACGACCUCCGGCGCGUCCAGAAUUUGUGCAGCUCUGCUGAGAAGGAACUACGCUACGAAAGGGACAAGAACCUGGAGCUGCAGAAGCACAACAUUUUACUCCAGCAGGAAAACAUCAAGACCAAAGCUGAGCUCAAGCAGGUGCAGCAGAAGCUUUCCGAUUCCUCCAAGGCCUGUUCGUCUCUCACCUCACAGUGGGAGGUCAGUCAUCAGAAGGUCAAAGAGCUGGAGCUGGAGCUGUUGAGGCAGUCCCAAGCAGCAAAGCAGCAGACUGGCCUGCAAGAGAAGCUUGCCCAGGAGAAAGCCCGGGUGGCUAAAGCUGAGAAGAAGAUUGUGGAGCUGCAGCAGAAGCUGAAGGAAUCUCACCAUCAGCUGCGACUCUGUGAGACCCACAUCUUGGGGAGGAAACGAUUGGAAGAGGAGGUGAAGGAGUUCCGGGAAAAGGAAACGAAUGCUCAGCGGCAGCUUCAAGAGGAGCAACGGAAAAGGAAGCUCCUGGAUCAGCGGACAGAGGAGCUCCAGCAGCAGCUAAGACUCCAACGGGAGAAAGAGGCGCAGCUGGUGAGGACGUGUGCGGAGCUGCAAGUUCAAGGGCAGCAGCAGGAAGCCCGGUUGCGGGUCUUGGAAGAAGAAAAGAAAACUCUCUCGAAUGAGCAUCUUCGUUGCCAAAAAUACAGCCAGAAACUUUCGGAGCAGCUUUUAACGCUGCAACAGGAGAAAGAAACCCUCCAUGAAGAGUAUGGGCACAUCCUGAAACAAGUGGACAUCUCUAUCAGGAAACACAAUGAGCGGCAGCUGCGGCACAAAGCAAAGCUCCGGCGGGCCAAAGAAACGUUCAUCUGCGAAGUGAAACAGCGCAACCUUCGAAUCAGGCAUCUUGAAGAUGAACUCAAGCUAUCAAAGAGCCACACAGAAAAGGAUCAUGCGCUGAUCCAACAGAUGUCUUCUGAGAACGAAAGGCUGUUGCAAGAGAAAAGGAAGCUCUUGCAACAGGCCCAUGACCUCCAGGAAGCAGAGCGGAGCAGCAAACAGGUCCUCUGCACAAUCCAGAACAGAGUGCAGUUUUUGGAUGACGAAAACAAGCAGCUUCAGGAACAGAUCUCCCAGCUGACUGCUCAGGUUGGAAUCCUGGAACGGACCCUGAGGAAUAUCCACAACCACAGCUUGGAAGAGCUGAAAAGCAUUGGCUUCUCUGAGUGCCACCUGCAAAGCAAGAUUCUACCCCUUCCUAACAUCAGAUUUUCAGUGACAGACCUUUUGGAGUCUAGUGGCCCCCUGAAAGCCAUCCAGGCUGGCAAAGCUGAGGACCCCACGGAAAGGACCCCGAUGCCUUUCCAGUCUUCAGAAAUUGGCUACUUGAACGUGGCCUCCCCAGGGGAGCCGGCAGACUUUCACAAGGGGCAGCCGAGCGAACCCUUCUCCUGCGACGAUGUGUAAGAGGACGGACCUGAAGAGGCUUGCAGGACAAACAUGGCACAACUGCCCUCCGUGGGGGCAUCCCAUUGCUCCCAGUUCAUGUCAGUAUUAUUUCUCAGACUCUGUGAUGAAGAAGAAACAUCAACAUCUUUCAAGUACCUAACUCAAAAAAUACUGUUUCUGGACACGUAUAGGUGUAGUCGUUAGUCUUUAUCUUGUACUGGAUGUAAUAAACGUAUAUAUUUUUGAAAUA